AACGCAGCAGCGUGUUGGCGUCAUGUUAAAUGGUCAUGACAACGCGGAAAAAGAGGAACGAGGAAGACGUCGAGUUUCAAAAGAAGUCCUUUUCUUUCUAAUCAACCACCACAAAUUAAUCAAAUCAUAACAUGUCUCACUUUAGAAAGAGAGAUUGGAAACCAGAUCAUGUCAUCAUGCAGGAGAAUCCACACAUUUUGCAUACCCACGAAGCUAUGGUGGAUCUGAUAAAUGGAAGAACCACUAAUUACACCUUUAUGGACGCCUUUAACUAUGGCCUGUUGGGUCUUGAUAUUGUCAACCCCUUCAUGGGUGACUAUAUUGACGAUGAAUACGACGAUGACGACGACGACUAUUAUGAUGACAAAAAACGCAAAGAUAAAAAAGCCUAUUGCGGUUUUACACACAAUUUUUUAGGGCAUAGUAGCUCAAAGCUACCCUUAACCCCCCACCCAUGUAUAAGACAACUCACUCCUGAGGAGGCUGAAAAAAACGGCAGGGAACUAAUAGAAGAAGAGAGCAAACUAAAAGAAAAAGCAGAAAAGAAAAGACUUAAAAAGAAGCGACAGAAGGAGAGGAGACGUGCAGGAAAAGAAAAGGAGUCUGAGAAUCAAGGGCCAGGGAGGCCCAGCCGCUCGGAGAAACAGGGAGGAGAUUUAAACAUUGAGCGAGAGCAGCAGGAGGAGAAGGAGUUUACAGAGGAGCGCCUUGGUCCUGGACCUGGUGGUACUGCAGCCUGUAGCAGGCAGCAGGAGGCGCAGGAUUCUCCUUUGGAGGAGAACUGUGGUAGCAGUAAUGAGGACCAGGAGGACGAGGGCUUAGUCAGAGAGCAAGAGGAGUUGGAUAUGAGUAGCUGCUUCGUCUCUACGGCUGCUUGUAUUGCUCAACGACAACUAGAGCAGAACCCCAAACCAGAGAAGAAAAUUAUUAUCCAGCAGCCUCGGAAGGAACAGCAGCAGGAGAAGGAACAGCAGGAGGAGAAGGAACAGCAGGAGAAGAAGGAACAGCAGGAGGAGAAGGAACAGCAGGAGGAGAAGGAACAGCAGGAGGAAAAGGAACAGCAGGAGGUUAUUGUCAGGAAAAAGGAGAAAAAGGUGGAGGCCAAUGUUGAUGAUAUUCUUAAAAGAAGCACAGAGCUCGCCCUCAUAGGAAACCAGUUCGCAGCCUGUGGCCAGCUGGACAUGGCAGUCAAGUAUUUCACUGACGCUAUUAAACACAAUCCUACAGAAUUUAAGCUGUUUGGGAACCGGUCCUUUUGUUAUGAGAAGAUGCAGCAGUAUGAUCGGGCCUUGAGUGAUGCCGAUCUGGCCCUCUCCAUGGAGCCUGGUUGGAUUAAAGGACUAUAUAGGAAGGGGAAGGCUCUGUCUGGACUCAAGAGGUACUUUGAGGCAUGCCAGAUCUAUAAGGAGGUAUUAAUGCAGGACAGUUUGUGUUCAGAUGCUGCUCAGGAGUUGAUGAAAGUUCAGAUCAUGCAGCUGAUGGAAAUGGGAUUUACUCGUGAGCAGAGCUCUAAUGCGCUGAUUGUCCAUGGAGACUUUGAGAAGGCGGUUAAUGUCCUGUCUGGUAUUGAAGAUGAAUAUGGUAGUAAUGACUUUCCUGCGGCUGCCACCUCAGCAGAGGACAGUGCGACGUGGGAGGGAGUGGGCCUCAGGCCUAAACCUCUCCUCCAAACCAGACCUGAACCCAGAUCCACUACCCCAGGCCCUGAACCCAGAUCCACUACCCCAGGACACCACGUUGCACCGGGAGGGAGCACAAGCAGUCUGUUUCCUGUAUAUGUUGGCUGUUUGGGGCCCAACACAACACAACCAAUGCUACACAGCCUCUUCAGCAGUGCUGGGACGAUCCACAGUAUCAAAAUCUUGCGCUCUUCCAACUGUGCAUUUAUCAACUACACCAACAUGGACCACUGUGAGAGAGCCAUCAGGACUCUAAAUGGUGAGGUGUUGAACGGAAUGAUGCUGGCUGUCCGUCACCCCGACAGAGUGAUGCAGAAGAAACUGGGCUUGUCCCAAUUAGCUUUCACCCUCACCAACGCACCAGAGAAGAGUCAGGAGUGUUACUUCUGGAGAACCACAGGCUGUGUCCGACACAAUACCUGCAUCUUCAGACACGUGUCACAACACAAGGGCAUCGACAGGGACAAGGUCAACAAGUGAACAGCAGACAACCACACACCAAUAACCUGGUCCUGGAAGCUGGAUCAGAGGUCCCCCCCCCCAGGCUUACUUUUCAAAUAUGCUUUUUAUAAAAUUAAAAGGUUAUAUAAGUAGACUUAAAAUUCGAUAAGCUAUAAUUGACUCAACAACCAAUAAACACUUUUUUUUUUUUUAUCAACUAGGAAAUGUAGUUAUAUGUCACUGUUGUUUUUCAAAGUUAGCUGGCUAAUUUGCUAAUCCUGUUUUUUGGAAUGUACUGCUGGGAAAGAAUCACUGCUUCUACUGACGUGUCCCCUGUACUGACGUGUCCCCUGUACUGACGUGUCCCCUGUGCUGACGUGUCCCCUGUGCUGACGUGUCCCCUGUGCUGACGUGUCCCCUGUGCUGACGUGUCCCCUGUGCUGACGUGUCCCCUGUGCUGACGUGUCCCCUGUGCUGACGUGUCCCCUGUGCUGACGUGUCCCCUGUACUGACGUGUCCCCUGUACUGACGUGUCCCCUGUGCUGACGUGUCCCCUGUGCUGACGUGUCCCCUGUGCUGACGUGUCCCCUGUGCUGACGUGUCCCCUGUGCUGACGUGUCCCCUGUGCUGACGUGUCCCCUGUGCUGACGUGUCCCCUGUACUGACGUGUCCCCUGUGCUGACGUGUCCCCUGUGCUGACGUGUCCCCUGUGGGACUUUAUAUUGGAGAAAAGCCUUGAUAUAUUGAUUGCCUGGUGCCUGUAUGGAUGCUGUUGUCAAACGACAUGUCUCUCUCCCCACGACAUAAGUCCUCAUCGGGGCCACACAGGGAGUUAUGUAGAUAUUCAUUAUGGAAGACGGAGAAGUUUGUUUUUCUUAUUCUUUUCCCACGAGCUAGAUUUCCAUCCAGUUGGUGACAGGAUUUUCAUUUCUAAAAUAUGCACAAAAACAAAACGCGCAUUUUCCCACCAGAGUUGUGUUUCCAUCAAAUUGACUAGUUGUAGAUAACGGGCUGUGUUUCCAUCAAAUUGACUAGUUGUAGAUAACGGGCUGUGUUUCCAUCAAAUUGACUAGUUGUAGAUAACGGGCUGUGU